AGGGUUCCCCUUGGCCUACAAACAGGAACACAGGGUGUUUCUCAGUGGCUGUGAGAAUACUGAUGAAACCCCCCGGAUGUUGUGUCACCGUGGUGGCCGGCUGAUAGUGCCAAUCAUCCCACUUUGUCCUGGGCACUCCUGCAGGGGUAGAAGACUCCAGAACCUUCUCUCAGGUCCUUGGCUCAAGCAGCCCAUGGAACUUCAUAACCUGAGUUCUCCCUCUCCCUCUCCCUCCUCCUCUGUCCUCCCUCCCUCCUUCCCUCCCUCACCCUCCUCCGCUCCCUCUGCCUUUACCACUGUGGGGGGGUCCUCUGGAGGGCCCUGCCACCCCACCUCUUCCUCGCUGGUGUCUGCUUUCCUGGCACCGAUCCUGGCCCUGGAGUUUGUCCUGGGCCUGGUGGGGAACAGCUUGGCCUUCUUCAUCUUCUGUGUCCACACGCGGCCCUGGACCUCCAACACGGUGUUCCUGGUCAGCCUGGUGGCCGCUGACUUCCUCCUGAUCAGCAACCUGCCCCUCCGCGUGGACUACUACCUCCUCCAUGAGACCUGGCGCUUUGGGGAUCCUGCCUGCAAAAUCAACCUUUUCAUGCUGUCCACCAACCGCACGGCCAGCGUCGUCUUCCUCACAGCCAUCGCGCUCAACCGCUACCUGAAGGUGGUGCAGCCCCACCACGCGCUGAGCCGUGCUUCCGUGGGGGCAGCUGCCCGGGUGGCCGGGGGACUCUGGGUGGGCAUCCUGCUCCUUAACGGGCACCUGCUCCUGGGCACCUUCUCCGGCCCCUCCUGCCUCAGCUACAGGGUGGGCACGAAGCCCUCGGCCUCACUCCGCUGGCACCAGGCGCUGUACCUGCUGGAGUUCUUCCUGCCACUGGUGCUCAUCCUCUUCGCCAUCGUGAGCAUUGGGCUCACCAUCCGGAAUCGUGGCCUGGGCGGGCAGGCAGGUCCGCAGAGGGCCAUGCGCGUGCUGGCCGUGGUGGUGGCCGUCUACACCAUCUGCUUCUUGCCCAGCGUCAUCUUUGGCAUGGCUUCCAUGGUGGCCUUCUGGCUGUCUGCCUGCCGCUCCCUGGACGUCUGCACACAGCUCUUCCACGGCUCCCUGGCCUUCACCUACCUCAACAGCGUCCUGGACCCUGUGCUCUACUGCUUCUCUAGCCCCAACUUCCUCCACCAGAGCCGGGCCUUGCUGGGCCUCACGAGGGGCCGGCAGGGCCCAGUGAGUGACGAGAGCUCCUACCAACCCUCCAGGCAGUGGCGCCACCGGGAGGCCUCUAGGAAGGUGGAGGCCAUAGGGAAGCUGGAAGUGCAGGCCGAGGUCUCUCUGGAAAAGGAAGGCUCCUCCCAGGGCUGAGGGCCAGCUGCAGGACUGCAGUGCUGUGGGGGUAAGGGCUGCCGCACUCUGGCCUGGAGGGACAAGGCCAGCACACGGUGCCUCAAGCAACUGGACAAGGGAUGGCAGCAGGCCAGGGUCCAGGCCAAAGCACUGGCAGGACUCAGGUGGGUGACAGGCAGAGAAACCCGCCUGGGCCUCUCAGUGUGUCCAGGAUGGCGUUCCCAGAAUGCAGGGGAGAGCAGGAUGCCAGGUGGAGGAGACAGGCAGGGUGCUGUGGGCAUGCCAGCUCAGACAGGGACCUGUGCAGCUGCAGGGGCCAGAGGCCAAUCACUGUCACAGCAGAGUCGCCUUAGAAAUUGGACAGCUGCAUGUUCUGUGCUCUCCAGUUUGUCCCUUCCAAUAUGAAUAAACUUCCCUUCUAAAUAUAUUUAUUUGCAAGACCAAA